UUCUUAUUAUUGUUGCAACUAAUAAAGUAUGUACUUCUCUUCUUCUACCCAAAUUUCACUCAAGAUGAACUGCUGGGCACCAGUCUUGGUUUCAAAAGUCCCUCUGAAUACCCAGAGAAACCAGACUGCUUCUCUUGCUCUUAGAGAAAUGAAGUCUGACCUUUUAAGUCAACGUAUUGGUGGAUUUGGAACCAAGCUUAGCAGUGGAGGGAGUUCUCUGGGAGGAUCAAGAAUCAUUACUCAACUAAAUCUUCAAAGAACUCUUUCGCGAAGAAAAAGUCCUACGGUGUCUGCUUGCUGGGUGCCAAGUUCAGAAGUUGCAUCUACUGCUUUCACAGUGGGAACAGCAGCAGUUCUUCCGUUUUAUACCGUCAUGGUUGUGGCUCCUAAAGCUGAACUUACCAGAAAAGCGAUGAAAAGCAGCAUACCCUACAUUGUGCUUGGACUUCUGUAUGCAUAUCUAUUAUAUCUCUCCUGGACACCAGAUACAAUUCGGCUGAUGUUUGCUAGUAAAUACUGGCUUCCAGAGCUGUCUGGUAUAGCUAAGAUGUUCUCCAAUGAAGUGACAUUAGCUUCUGCAUGGAUUCAUCUGUUGGCCAUAGAUCUUUUUGCUGCAAGACAGGUUUAUCAUGAUGGAUUGCAGAAUGAUAUCGAAACCCGCCAUUCUGUCUCUCUGUGCUUGCUGUUUUGCCCUGUUGGAAUUCUUACCCACUGCAUCACCAAAGCUCUAACUAGUAGCCCAGAAAAGAAACAGCAUAGGACUCAUUAACCGAUGUUUUAGGUCUUCUUAUGUUAUCCGUAAAUGAUCAGCCAGCAUGUGACUUAUCAGCUAAGUGUAAAGGUUUUCAGUCAAUGAAUACAUAAGCUGUUUCAAUAACUUGUUUCUAAGAUGGAUGAAUGUACAAGAUUUCUUCCUUUA